AUGCCAGUCUCUCUAGAACUGACAACAGACACCGAGCACCCCGACACUCUCACCGCAUCGUCAGAAUGUCCAGAUAUCUACGAAGAAACCAUGCCUGGCAACACACCACAUGUAGUCGUCACCAUCAACGAUCCCGAGACCCUCUCAGUCCUAGGCAGCAAACUAGCCACAUCAGACGCCGACAUCCGCAUCCUGCAGCCACAGUCUUCACGCAAGUCCGCCGACGACUGCCUCUCACUUCCCGUCACUGCAAUCAAAGCGCUGCACAUCGGGAUAUCUCCGCUCGUCUCCUCCGAUGGUCUUCUAAACGACGGUGACACCUACGGCCCAUUGAUGACUCCCUUCAUCCAAAGCUGGCGCGACGCAUUCCGUAGUCUCCCAGAACGGCACUCAAUCGAGCGCGUUGUGUUCAAUGUGCGCUGUGAAGAUGUAGGCACGGUACGGAAAAGUGGCCAUUUGCUCCAGGAAGUAAGCACGGGGAUGUAUGUAAAAGCGAAGCGGACAAUGGGGAGGGAGAUGGUGUUUAGGAUUGUGGGUUGGAAGGAUGUAAAGCACAAGCGAUGGCUGGAAGGAGCUCUGCCUGGUAAGAAAGAGGGACUUGGGGCUCCGGUAGUCAGGGUGGAUACGACGGUAGCGGAUACACUGCACCUUCAAUGA